ACUUUGCAUUAACUGAGCUUAAAGUUACUUAAUUUCUUUAUAUUUCUCAAGUUUUAGCUCUUUUGUUAACUUUUCUUUAUUUCUUGGUAAGUUUAUGCUUUACACUUAUUAAUCAUGUGAGCGUUUGUUGCCUUUUCUUCUUUUAAGCGUGGCUUAGUUUGGAUCAUUUAAUAACUGCAAUGUUACCUUAAUCUGUUUGUGGCAAACAAAGUUUGAGUUUACGUAUUCUUCAAAUCUUAAAUUCUGCUGUUAAGUUGUUCUGCUGAAUUUACAUGGUUCUGCCUUUUUUGUUGUUGUUGUUGUUGUUGUUGUUGUUGGGGAUAUAGGAAUUUAAGAGAGCUUGUGAAAGGACAUUGAGACGGGGUUCACACUCUGUGGAAUAGCUGUGUGUUCAUGCAACAAUGGUUCUUGGUCUAAGUGCAAAGAACAGGAAAGAUGCCGUGGUUCAUGUUGAUUAUUUAAUCCAUAUUCAGGAGAUUAAGCCAUGGCCACCAUCACAAUCGCUAAGAUCACUUCGGUCUGUCAUGAUUCAGUGGGAAAAUGGUGAUCGAAAUUCUGGGUCUACUAAAACGGUUGUACCUUCACUGGGAUCUGUUGUUGGAGAGGGGAGAAUUGAAUUCAAUGAGUCUUUUAGGCUACCUGUGACACUGUUGAGGGAAAUGAAUGUCAAAAACAAGGAUGCUGCUACGUUCCAGAAGAAUUGUUUAGAGUUAAACUUGUAUGAGCCUCGAAGGGAAAAAACUCAGUUGUUGGCGACUGCUAUCGUAGAUUUGUCAGAUUAUGGCAUUCUUAAAGAGACAUUAAGUGUGAAUGUCCCAAUGAACAGUAAGAGGAACUAUAAAAACACAGCUCAACCAAUUUUGUUUAUUAAAAUCCAGAGAGUUGAUAAAGCUGUUGGUCGCACAGGCUCCUCCUUGAGGGAUGGCUUGUCAAAAGAGGCUUCAUUGGAUAAGAAUGAUGGUGAAUCUGUUUCACAAUUGAUGAAUGAUGAGUAUGCUGAGGAAUCUGAGGUUGCUUCUUUCACUGAUGAUGAUGUUUCGUCGCACUCAUCUUCUGCUGUUGAGUCAAAUAGUGGUUUACCUCCUCAAAAUGAAAAGAAUGGAUUAGUCAAAUUGUCAGAUAGCAGAGGAGUUAAAAAGGAGCAUGACCUAGCUUCAAAGCUAAAGCAGGAAAAAUCAAAUAUAAAGCCACAGAUCCCAUCACAUGAAAAUCAGAGGGCCAGUUCAUCUCGCUCGUCAUCAAUAGAUUUAUCUUCUGAACUCGAGGGCCUAGUAAAUGGUAAUGCUUUGGUGUUAAACUCUCCUAACUCUAGUUCAGUGAUCCCAAAUAAUGUAGUAGCCCACAAUGUUACUUCUUUACCAUCCUUGACUAAUGGACAUGCUAAGGAGAACACCAGCAUGAGAAGUGAUGACCAUGAAGAUUUGCCUCAGGAGGUUCGGAAAAAGUUUCCCAAUGGGCAAUCCGCUAUCAAUGGUCAUGCUGAGCAAAGCAGUCUGGAAAUUACAUCUAAUCAUUUUCCGGUUGACAAGAUUGACUCUAAAAACAUUGAGGAUUCUCAAGUGAAUGCAGAGGAUGAUGGAAAAACUUGUAAAACUGAACAAGGUUCCAUGGAGGGGGCUGCAAACUCAGAUGAUGACUGCAAUAGUUUUAUGGAGGACAUGGAGAGUAAGGAACAAGACAACACUGGGCUUGAAAGAGAAAAAUCCGAACAGAAAAGACAUUCCUCAGGAGAUGAAGCACCAAAUUAUUAUUCACGAGAUGCAACCAGUAACCAAAUUUCAUUGGGAAAUGAUUCACCUCCUUCAAGCAGGGAAAACUUUGGAAUGAAGGGUAAUAUCUUAAAAAGUGACAGACUAAAGCAUGUGAAGUCUGUUAGAUCAUCCCCAGACAUAGCUAGAGGCAACGGGUUGGUUAGUAAUAAUCAUAACAAAGAAGUGAAGGAAAAUGGUUUUUUGGGAGAUUCCCUGAAUAUUGCUGGAAGCUUCAGGAGUAGUGAAAGAAAAGAUGCUAAGGUUUAUCCUAAGGAUACAAGAAGUGCUAUUGUGGAGAGCAAAAUCCAGCAGUUGGAGCACAAAAUAAAAUCACUUGAGGCAGAGCUGCAAGAAGCUGCUGCUGCAGAAGCUGCUCUUUACUCAGUAGUCGCUGAGCAUGGAAGUUCCAUGAGUAAGGUCCAUGCUCCUGCUCGGCGACUUUCAAGGAUCUAUCUUCAUGCUUGCAAAGAAAAUUCCCAAUCAAGGAGAGCUAGUGCAGCAAAAAGUGCCAUUUCAGGAUUAGUUUUGGUUGCAAAAGCUUGUGGAAAUGAUGUUCCUAGGUUGACAUUUUGGUUGUCGAAUUCUGUUGUGCUGAGAGCAAUUAUAAGCCAAGCCACUGGGGACCUACAGCAACCAUUUUCUGCACGUCAAUCCAUGGAAAGGAAUGGUGGUCAAAUGGGAAACAACAAGACAUCAUCUCCACUCAAAUGGAAGGAACCUUCUCCUGGCACUAAGGGGAACACAAAUGUUGUAUGUGGAAGUUUUGGUGACUGGGAGAACCCACAGACAUUUUUGUCUGCACUGCAAAAGGUUGAAGCUUGGAUCUUCUCCCGAAUCGUAGAAUCUAUAUGGUGGCAGACUCUGGCUCCACACAUGCAGUCUGCUGCUGCAAAGGCAGUUGAUAGAGUUUCUGGCUCUGACUCAAGGAAAAACCUUGGAAGGACAUGUAGUUCAGGUGAUCAAGACCAAGUAAACUUUUCACUGGACCAUUGGAAGAAGGCUUUCAAGGAUGCCUGUGAAAGACUUUGUCCUGUUCGAGCUGGAGGACACGAAUGUGGCUGCCUUCAUUUGUUGGCGAAAUUGAUAAUGGAACAAUGUGUGGCUAGAUUAGAUGUGGCUAUGUUCAAUGCCAUUCUUCGUGAAUCUGAUGACGAAAUCCCAACUGAUCCUGUAUCUGACCCCAUUAGUGAUUCCAAGGUGCUCCCGAUUCCCGCUGGUAAAUCAAGUUUUGGGGCUGGUGCACUACUAAAAAAUGCAAUUGGCAAUUGGUCCAGAUGGUUGAGUGAUCUAUUUGGUAUGGAUGACGAUGAGUUACUGGACGAUGUGAAUGAAGAGGAUGACGACGAUGAGAGACACGAUUCAUCCUUCAAGUCUUUCCACCUCCUUAAUGCGUUAAGUGAUCUUAUGAUGCUUCCAAAGGACAUGCUGUUGAGUAGAAGCGUCAGGAAAGAGGUAUGCCCCACUUUUGGUGUGCCGUUGAUCAAGAGAGUGGUUGACAAUUUUGUUCCAGAUGAGUUCUGUCCUGACCCCAUUCCAAAGGUUGUUCUUGAAGCCCUGGACAAUCAGGAUUCCCUUGAAGCCGGGGAGGAAUCUGUCACAAAUUUCCCGUGUAUAGCAGCUCCUCCACUCUAUGUGCCGCCUUCAGUGGAUUCUGUUUCAAGUGUUAUUGGAGAGUUGGGAAACCAAUCUCAGCUGAGAAGAAGUGGAUCUUCAGUACUCAGAAAAUCAUAUACCAGCGAUGAUGAACUCGAUGAACUGAAAUCUCCUUUGUCUUCAAUCUUCAUUGAUGGUUUCCGAUCUUCACCUGUUCCAUCAAGGCCCAGCUGGAUAUCCAAGGGCAAUAACAAUGAAAAUGCUGUCAGGUUUGAACUGCUUCGAGACAUCUGGAUGAGCUGCGAGUAAAUAUAUAUAGUAGUAUAUAUAAAACAAUGUUGUAAAUCUGUAGUCAAAUUUUGGUUCCUACGUCUUUCUAGUGUUUCUGUACAAAGAAAGAGGUUUGCAAUUCUAGUAGCGGUCAAUUGUCAGAAUAAAUCCUCAAGUCUGUAUCCUUGAAUGAAUUACUAUGAAUAUUUU